AUGGUUAAACCGAGGCUCAUCAUCCUCAUCCGGCACGCUCAGUCCGAGGGCAACAAGAACCGCGAUAUUCACCAGACGAUUCCCGACCACCGAGUAAAGCUGACACAAGAUGGCUGGCAACAAGCCUACGAAGCCGGCCGCAAUCUGCGCAAGCUGUUGCGCGCUGACGACACACUACACUUCUUCACCUCCCCUUACCGCCGGACCCGCGAGACAACCGAAGGCAUCCUCUCGACGUUGACAUCCGACGAGGAGGACCCUUCGCCCUUCAAACGCUCCAACAUCAAAGUUUACGAGGAGCCCCGCCUGCGUGAGCAGGACUUUGGCAACUUCCAGCCAUGCUCCGCCGAGAUGGAACGCAUGUGGCAAGAGCGCGCCGACUACGGCCACUUCUUCUACCGCAUUCCCAAUGGCGAGAGCGCCGCAGACGCCUACGACAGAGUUAGUGGCUUCAACGAGAGCCUGUGGCGUCAGUUUGGCGAAAAUGACUUUGCCAGCGUCUGCGUGCUAGUUACCCACGGCCUCAUGUCCCGUGUCUUCUUGAUGAAGUGGUAUCACUUCACCGUCGAGUACUUCGAGGACCUGCGGAACGUUAACCAUUGCGAGUUCCUCAUCAUGCGCAAGCAGGAGGAGAGCGGCAAAUACACCCUCGAGAAUAAACUCCGGACAUGGUCAGAGCUACGUAAGGAGCGCGCUGAGAUAAAGGAGAAAGAAGACAAAGAACGGAGCGAGAUUGAGGGAGACCAGGAAAUAGCCAACAAGGAUGCCAAGACGGGUACUCUAAUCGAACGCAGUAAGACUUUCAUCGUCACGCGGCGUUGGGGUGGCUGUCCUAACGGGUGUAAUCACAAGAGCCACUAUCAGAGGCGAGACGAUCUGGAAGCCCUUCGCCAAACGGACGAAGUCACCUCUAAUGGGACCCUGAGUGGCCUCUCACGUCGUCAGUCCCCUGCCCCAGGGCGGCGACCCGUUAAGCGAUGCGAGCAGGGGUACACAUCCGACGAGGGCACCGACAGCGAUGGCCGGCCACCGCAGAUCGACGUCGCCCGGGCCCGCCAUGAGAUUGUGUCAUCCCCCGACGGCACCCCGUCCUUCAUCUCCGCAGAGGAUCGUCUUCGGAGCAUGAUCUCGCCGCAUCUCAAUCUUGGCCGCGACUUUGGCGGCACCUUUUCCGGGCAGACCUCGAUUGCCGGCAGUGACACGGACUCUUCCGAGGAGGACGGCCACAGACCAGAGAUUACAGCCGUGGCUAAGAUCAAAAUGGGCAUUGCGUCCAACGGUGACAACAACGGGGUUAAUGGCAGUAUCAACAGCAUCGUGGGUGGCCAUACCAAGGGAAAUAUGACACCAAGCACGGAGGACGAGCAGUCGGAUGACAAAGGCAGGCGUCGCCGCGCCAACCGCCUUGGUGAUACCAACAGCAGCGAUCGAGGUUCCGAAGUAGACGAAGACGAUAUUGACGCCGCGGAGAAGCGAGACAGAAGUAUCCUGGGGAGUGUUUACUGA